AUUACAAGAAAAAUAACGUGGCCAAUUAAUAGGAGAAUCAAACAGCCAAUUAGCAGUUAACCGUAAAAUUUCCACUUUUCCAUUGAAACCUCUCUUCAAUUAUCGCUUUGCCCUUUUUGCUUCUUUGAUCCAUCGAUCGUCUGAUCAACCUUUAAUUGGUGUUUUUAAACUGAGCAUUUUUGUGCCUUUUAUGUUUAAAGGCAACAAUCAAGGAAGAAGUUGAUAUUUGGAUGAUAAAAAGGUGAGGCUUCGGUUCUGCUGUAUGUUUUCUUUUUCUCAUCCAUGAAUUGCAUAAGAUUGUGUAUCAGUUAUUUAUGUUACGUUGACCUUAACGAUACUGGAAGAUUAUGUUCUUUUAUGUGUCUUGCUUGGGUGUAUGCCUGUCUAGUUUGGUUUUCCUUUUCUGGUGUUUGGGAAAUAAUCAACUCAAUUGGAAUGUUUUGAUUUAUAUGUGUGUAUGCAUCCUGUUACUAAGUUGGCUUGAGAGAGGUGAUUAGAUAGGACAUGACGCAGUUUCAGCUUACCGAGGACAUGAUAGGAGAGUGUGGAGGACAUGGAUUAUGACAGAAGUUUUUGUUCUGUUUCGAUAUGUUGUUUCUUGUACUUCCGUUACUUCUUUCGUUGGACUGCAUUGGACUGUUUCCAUUGAGACGAGGAUCUAUCAGGAAGAACCUUUCUAUCUCUUAGGUUGGGAAUCACCCCACAACAUUGUAACCACGAAGAUAGGCUAAAGGAGCAUGUCACACAGUAAUCGCAUAAUUGAUAUGGAAGCAGAUCAGCAAGGUCAAGAGUUUUUUCAUUCAGCACCUUGCAUGUUUUACGGGAGCAUAGCGGCUUUACCACAGCCUACUGUCCAUGCAGUAGUACCAGCUCCCGUAAAUGCUGGUAAUAUAUAUUUGCACCAUGUAUCAGAUCAUCAAGAGGGUCCCUUAACGUAUGGCUUGACACAGUUCAAUGGGAUUCAACAUCAGCAUCCUGCCAGCAAUCCUGACCUAGCUAUUUCUGCUUCAAAUCAUUACAAUCCUUACAUGGCUGUUCCAUCCGCUUCUGGAGAUUUCCCUAUUCCAGUAAAUCACGGGCCACUUGAUCGGCUUCAUACAAGUUCUCACAACAUCUUUGGAAUGAAUUCAGAUUACGGAAGGAACAAUCAUUAUAUGGACGAUGUCAGAGGCUCAUAUAAGAGAAAGAAUGCUGAAGGAAUUCCUGCAAAUCUUCAAUAUCAUCAUGCUUUGGCAGGUUCCAGUUCUUCUGUUGCUCCAAUGAUUGCAAGGGCACAUGAAUCUGAUGUUCCAAUGGAUGCUGCAUCAUUUACACCAUCAGAUUAUGGAGGCAAUUCAUCAUCAUACAUUGAAGAUGGAGCACUGAGAAGUAUGAGUAACAGAUCUGGUGCUAGUGGUCCAGAAAAUAUUGUACGACAUAACCACAAUCAUUUAUUUCAAGGAAACUAUAUAAGUCAGACCCAUCAGUUGCCUGGCAACCCUUGGCUGGAUCAGCAGUUCAACAGCAAUGGUAGUGAGACUCAAACUUGGGCCUGGAAUCAGGCUGCUCCUUUACCCUAUGUACCUGGUGGCAUUGGGGGUUGCGUAGAUGCUGGAAACAUGGGUUUGCGAGGUUAUCAUAUGACAUCCAGCAAUGGAGGUUUGACUAGUUUUCCGCAUCCACCCAUUCCUCAAGGGCUCCCAGGACUUCAUCAUCUGCCACCUAAUAUUCAAGGAAUGAGAGGCCAGCCUAUCUCCUUCCCUCCGCAAAUGACAGCAUCAUCCUCACACAGACACCUACCAAAUAAUUCGUCCAAUAUCACCACGAACCUAAUGCAAGGCGUUGUAGAGGCAGGACCCAGAUAUAUGCCCUCCCUUCCAACUGGCUUUGGGUUGUAUCGACCUCAUCGAAGGGCUAUCGUGCUUGAAAGAAAUACUAGACAUCAGAACCUUCCUAACAUGAGAGUUCUGCCAGAAGACGGAGUGGCAAUGCUGGAUGUUUCGGGCUACCAUGAAGUUAACAAUCCCAUUGAUCAGCACAGAGAUAUGCGUUUAGACGUAGAUCACAUGUCCUACGAGGAGCUUCUUGCACUGGGGGAGCAGAUUGGCAAUGUAACAACUGGAUUGUCAGAUGAAAUAAUCGUUAACCGCUUGAAAACAAGAUCAUUUUCGCCCCCCGUUAUUCCUUGCACCCUGGAAACUGCUGCAUGUUUGGAUCACGAAGCUGAUUUCUGUGUCAUAUGCCAGACUGACUACAACAAGCAAGAAACUAUAGGAACUCUUGAUUGCGGGCACGAAUAUCAUGCAGAAUGCGUAAAGAAGUGGUUGGUUGUGAAGAACACUUGCCCUAUCUGCAAAUCCACCGGAUUGUCAAUAGAAAGAAAAGAUUUGUGAAAACAGGGAGUUGGUUGGUUGGUGGAUGAAUAAUUAUAAGAGUGGGACAUUUUGUUCUCUUGUUAAAUAUUUGUUCUCUAACAAGAGGAGACCUGUAUAAUUAUAUAUAUAUAUUUUGUAUAUACUUUGGCUAGAUGUUAGCAUAUAACUUGGUGACCUUAAUUUUUGUCACCUGAAUAUGUACAGACCUCUUAAUUUUGUUGGAACCAUGUGCAUGUAUUGUGAAUUUUGUAUAGACAUCUGAAAUUAUCUUGUUCGACCACGCCUGAUUGUACUGUA